AUGGCUACAAGCAAGUAUACAAUCAAGGUGCACAAACCCUGGACAGAAAUCGUUACAAAGAAACGGGCGAUUCGAGACGCGCAAAUUGACAAACACUUGAAAGUAGACAUAAACUUUCAAUUUGAUAGCAUCUCCCUCGAAACAGUUGAUGUUGAGGGUUUGACAGGCCUCCUCAGAGAGGGAAAAGUCUCCGCUGUUCAAGUCAUCUAUGCUUUCAUCAGAAGGGAAGUCGACAUCACUACCAAUUGCCUGACGGAAAUAUGCUUUGAUGAUGCUCUUCAGCAAGCCAGAAAGCUUGACGGGUUUCGACAAGAGCACGGUCAACUUAUAGGCCCACUCCACGGCGUGCCAGUCACAGUAAAGGAUCAGUUUAAUAUCAGGGGUUUGGACUCGACGUUGGGCUACGUUGCAAAGGCAUUUGCACCAGCCGAGAACGAUGCACCACUUAUAGAAACGUUAAAGAAACUUGGGGCUGUCAUAAUUGCGAAAACUAAUCUUCCCCAGAGCAUUAUGUGGUGUGAGACUGACAACCCUCUCUGGGGGCUGACGACUCAUCCAGAUGAUCCAAAGCUCACUCCUGGAGGCUCCUCCGGUGGAGAGGCGGCUAUGUUAUCAAUGGGUGCUUCCAUUAUUGGUUGGGGCAAAGACAUUGGUGGCUCUAUACGAAUUCCGUGCCACAUGAAUGGUCUUUGGGGUCUGAAGCCGAGUCACAUCCCAUCAGCUGUAGGGCCCAUGGCGAGAUCUCUGAGUUACCCCCAGCUACCGCCGGUCCCAUGGAGAGACAGUAUCUUCCAGACCAUGGCCACGAGACCGCUUGUCAUUGGGGCCAUGCUAGAUGACGGCAUUGUCAAGGUUCACCCACCUAUCGAGCGGGUAUUCAGAGACCUGAUCACAAAGUUGGAAGCUGCUGGUCACGAUGUUGUACAAUGGGAUUCGAGCUUGAAUUCCAGCAUUAUAGAUAUCAUGGAUGGUUACUAUUCCGCCGACGGAGGUGAAGAUGUCAGAAGAGCUGUCUCAGCAGGCGGUGAGCCAUUCAUUCCACAGAUCGAAGCCUUCGUCAACCGUGGCACACCAAUCUCCGUCUUUGAGUAUUGGCAACUCAACAAGCGUAAGAUUGCUAUCCAAGAGGCCUACCACGAUAUGUGGGAAGCUAAGAAGUCACCUUCUGGCCGCUCUGUCGAUAUAUUGCUGGUUCCCACCAUGCCUCAUACAGCAGUACCUCACGGGUCUUGUCGCUGGACAGGCUAUACCAAGAUUUUCAACUUGCUCGACUACACGGCCUUGACGUUCCCAGCGGGAAAGGCGUCCAGGAACGAAAAUGAUGGGGGCUUCUGGGAGCAUGUUCCGCGGAAUAAGAUCGAUGCUUGGAACCAGCAAUUAUAUGAUCCUGUGGCGAUGGAGGGGCGUCAUGUAGGCUUGCAGAUUGUUGGGCGGAGGUUCGAAGAAGAGAAGGUGCUCGGGGCGGCUCAGCAGAUUUACAGGUUACUAUAG